UAAAGAUAAUUAUUGCAAGUGGGCAGGGCUCAGGCCAGGUGAUAAGUAAGAAUGGAUGAAAAGGAGAGAGCUGAAUACCCAGGAAGAACUGGUCAGGUUCAGUCUAUCCCCAAAAUUCAUCAUCUCUGCCAGAGAAGACUGGAUCGCGCUGUCUCAAAGAGUCCAUAUGUGAGGUACAUGCUGGAUGCAAUGAGAAAGGUUGGAUGUUUGAAAUCUCUGUGCAGUGAGGUGAAUGUGGACAGGCAAUUUGUGUGUGAACCGUGUGGUCCCCAUGUGGCUGGAGGCUAUGACCCUGAGACCCAGCAGGUUGUGCUGUGUGAGAACAACAUCUUCUCUCAAGGGCACAUGAACGAUGUGCUCACUCACGAGCUGGUCCACACAUAUGACUACUGCCGGGCCCACCUUGACUGGGACAACCUCGAACACCUGGCUUGUACUGAGAUAAGGGCAGCCAACCUCAGUGGGGAGUGUUUCUUCUGGAAGGAAAACUUCACACGGUUCAAAUUCGGAUGGAGAAAACACCAUCAGGUGUGUGUUCGGGAGAGAGCCAUGAAAAGUGUACUGUGUAUUAGAGACAUACCAGAAAAAGAAGCAAAGAGAGUUGUAGACAAGGUGUUUCAAACUUGCUUCAGAGACACCGUGCCUUUUGAACGAGUCCCACCAUAGAUGAUUUAUAAUUAUGUACUUCAUUCACAAAAUCUAUUUAUGGAGUUAUUAGGUCGCAUCAUGGUUAAUCUGCACUAGCUACAAGAGAUAAUUUGGGUGUCAUUCA